AAGUCGGUCGAACGAACGAACAGCACAGACCGUCGAUCGGUUUGUUGAGUUGUGUAAAUAUUUUCAAGAUGGACGGUUGUAUUUCUCUGUUGCUCCGCUGCGUGUGUGCUCGGUUUUAUGUGUAGAACUUUUCCUGCAACUUGUUUGGAUAAUGGAAAAACGUACGUGCUCUGCAGUGAGUGAAAAUCUGCAGUGAAAAAAUUCGAUUCCGGAUGAAAAUUUGGGAUAUUUUUUGUGUGCCUAGAACACUUCCCAGGCACAACCCGAAUCUAUCACGGAAUUUAAUUAUUUUCUCCUCUGAUUUGACACAUCCGUAGAGAGUGAGAAGAACAAAACCGGAGUAUCGUGAGAAUCGUCAAACCGCGGGCUUGUGUUUGUGUCGGUUGGUGUGAAGAGUGCACUGUUUGUCUUGUUUGUUUGAUCACCUCUCGCCAAAGGCUACUAUGCUGCGAAAGGGGUUUGUUUUGUCACUGAUGUUUGAUGUUUUUUCCUUGCGUUAAAAUCUGCGCCAAACAGAUGUUUUAAAUGAUAAGCAAGUGCUGCGAAUUGUUUCCCAUUGGCCGAAAGCUGCAAAUCAAAUCAACACAAUUCAGGUGAAAACUUUCAAGUAAAAACAACUGGUCAAAGGGUUAAAAGUUUGUGCGAAACGUUGGCCUAAAUGGAGUGAAGGAUAUCGGAUUUACCUCCCUUCGUUCGGAAAGGUGUUGCAAAACCCCAACCUGAAGGGAAAACGCAGCAGUUCGGAAAAAUAGUGUGUGUGUGUCAGGAGAGAAAAUUUUUCACUCUACUGAUGGGCGGUGUUGUUUGUUAAAAAUAGCUGAAAGAAGAGCAAAAGGUUCUGGUGUGUCGUUUUGUUUGAUUGCCUCUGGGUGAUGAAUUUCCUUCCACGCUGUGCAAUUUGCGUAAAAAUUUUGGAAAGUGAUAAAGAGUUCGGUGGCAGAUUUUGUGAAAGUUUUGGAAACCGAUAGCCGCAGGAAGGGAAACUAUUUGGCCUCGGCGGUCGAAAUCCAUGGACGAAAAAAAAACAAAGGCGGCUGUUUGUAGUUGGAUCAAAUUUCCCAAACCCCUCUGAAAGGUAAAACUUCACUAAUAACUAGUUAUGACCAGAAAGCUGUAAAAUGAAUCAAAUGCCAGUAGAGAUGUGUCGCUUACGAAGUGACACAAUCGGUGCCGGAAAUCCGCUCCACUGGAGUGCAGCGGCGUAGUAGCUGCGUUGCGUACCACUAGCCAUCCAUCUUCCGAAAAAAAAAACUUCCCUGCAAUCGUAAAAACCCAAACAUAACGCAGACGCAUCCAGUAAGACAACAACACCCAGACGAUGAUGAGUCACUCCAGCAAGCACUAUCAGUUUUCCGGAGCAACUGCUACCACCCAUCCGGAGGCUGGCAGCGUUGGUGUCAUCAUCAAAAUGUCUGAAAAGCCACGCACCAUAAGCGAUAGCGAGUCGGAGAUCAACUACGACAUGUUCAACAGCAGCGUGACGUCGGAGUGUGGCGGGUCAUUGUCGGUGAUGAACACCUCACAGAUUUCGAAUGCGUCCUCCGAUUCGACGCAUAUCAAGAGUGCCAACCUGACGCGGUCGCAGAAUCUGGGAGGAUCCUGUCGUUUCCCAAAACUGGAGGAGUGCGCCCACUUCCACUACGAACGCGUACAGCUGGGUAAACUAUCCGUCCGGUUGGUGGCGGACGAGAAAAAUGACUCCCAGCUGGGACCGCAGAGUGGCCAAAGCUCGCUGCUUGCUAGUACCGAUCUGAGUAGCUCUCAAACAGCCGGCAGCGGUGGUAGAAACAACUGGUUCAUUAUCCGCAUAACGGCUGGUCGGUCUGACUCUUUCAUGAUAAAGCGAUCCUUUGAGAAUAUGUGUUUUCUGGAUGAGAUGCUUCACCGGUGCGUGUACGAUCGGAGGGUGAGUGAGCUGGAAAAUUUGAAGGAGAUGGACGUGUCGGACAAGGGCGAUGACGAGCUAGAAGCGUUGGUGGGAUUGUACUUGAGCCGGCUGUCGAUGAUCGCUUCGGAUGCUAUGACGUGUGGGCCCGUGUUGACUUGGUUGCAGAUUGACAACAAAGGCCGUAGAUUGCCGGUGGCAGAUGAACAAACGAUGAAGUGUAUCAAUACACCAGCCGUCGGGGCAGCUUACGGAGUGAGGAGAUAUGUGGCACAGGCCUGUGAUGAGAUUUCAAUCGAAGUGGGCGAUAUGAUUUCCGUUAUCGAUAUGCCAAGUCCGGCGGAAUCGAUUUGGUGGCGCGGCAAGAAAAGUCACUUGCAGAAAAAUCAGUACGAGGUGGGCUUCUUUCCACAGAGCUGUGUGGCAACGAUUGGCGAUAAGGUUCCUCGGCAUAUGCCUUUCCCUGCUCCACUGGUAGGGUCCUUGGCUGUGUCUCCGACGAAACCAGUUCUUCGAAAACACGGUAAACUGAUAGCUUUCUUCCGAAGCUUUAUCCUAUCGAGGCCUUCCAGACGACGACUGAAGCAAAGCGGAAUUUACAGAGAGCGAGUAUUUUCUUGUGACUUGGGAGAACAUCUGCUCAACAGCGGACAAGACAUUCCAAUGGUUUUGAAAUGUUGCGCGGAAUUUAUCGAGGAGUACGGAAUAGUGGAUGGAAUUUAUCGACUGUCGGGAAUUACCUCCAAUAUACAGAAGCUAAGGCGUGCCUUCGACGAAGAACGCAUUCCGGACCUAACACAUCCCGAGAUUAAACAGGACAUUCAUGCCGUUAGUUCCUUGCUUAAGAUGUACUUUCGUGAACUGCCAAAUCCACUGUGUACCUAUCAGCUGUACGACCACUUUGUGGAGGCGAUCCAAACGCGGCCGGACGCUCCUACCGAUCUCAAACUUCGGCUGAUCCGACAGACUGUUCAAAAACUGCCACCCCCUCACUAUCGGACACUGAAGUAUCUAGCGACACAUUUGUUUAAAAUUGCUCGAGCCUCGACUAGCACCGGUAUGACCGAGCGUAACAUUGCCAUCGUGUGGGCACCGAAUCUGCUACGCUCACCGGCACUGGAAUCUGGAGGUGUAGCUGCUCUACGGGGUGUUGGUGUUCAAGCUGUAGUCACGGAAUACCUGAUCAGUAACUGUGAGCGGAUCUUCGAUGACAAUGCGGAUGAUUUCGGCAGUCACUAUAUAGAAUCUCAGCCGAAUUCUUUAAGCGAUUCCAACAGCAUUCAUAACCAUGGUGGACUUGAUCAGGAGCUGUCGAUAUCGAUGGAAAGACCGAAAAGCUUAAGCGUGGGUGGUGCAAAACUGUUGAGCCUAGAGGAGGCCCGCAUCAGGCGUAAUUGCAUGGAGAAUAGCGAAAAGACUAUCCCCAUCAAUAUCACAAACCCUUCGACGCACAUUGGUUCAUACAUCGAAGUCGGGGGCGGACCCUCGAGUUUGCCGGACAAGUAUCACACAGUGUUACCGGUGCCGAGAAGCUGGAAUAAGCGAAAAUCGCACUCUUCGUGGAAGUCUAUAUUUACGAGGCAACCGCGGCAAUCUAACAGUAACCAGGAUAUUAAAGAGUACAGCAAUGCGUCGACUCCCACAUCGAAAGAACCACCGCUAAUUGUCGCCAAUGGAAGAGCGGUUAUUGAGGAACGUGUGAAACCAGAACAGAAUGGUGAACUAAAGGAAAGUAAUAGCGGUCUGCUGCAAGAUAAGUUAACUAAGAGUGUAGACCUUUUCGACGGCAAGUCACUCACCAUAGAAUCCUGCGCUCGGUCCAACUCGGUCGAUAGCUUACGAACCACCGGACACAGCCGAUCGGUUUCGCACGAUUCGUACUUCGAUUUGCUACAGUCGCCGCUGCGAGGAGGUGUAGUUACAUGCCCUAGCCGAGAGCUGUCCGAGUUGGGACUAAACUUUGACCGGGAAGAACCUGAAAUGCGCAUCUUUUCCGAGAGUGAGAGUUUGGUUAGUAGUCCGAAAGUAGCGAAAGAGUCGGUUCGUCGAACGCUUCGAGCACGUCCUGAAGAAUAUACCAGCGGAGGCAACAGUGUUAAUCCCAGCCCCAAGAAGCAGCCCCGUCUGAACAUUCAAAGUCCUACCGAAGCUGGUAAGCAGCAGCAAUGGAUGGUUGCGACAGCCGGCUCCGGAUCGCUGAAUCAAGACGAAAGUCUCUGCAAACGCUACAAGCUGGAAGAUCAGCUCAGUGAUAUUCAGUACAUCGAUUGUAACACCCCGGAGCACAAUGUGUCUAGUGCAGGAUCUUCGCUGAAUAACAAUACGAUUUUUACCAGUGCCCAGGUGCACAAACCGCCUCUACAAGAGGAUUCCGACGGAGAGAAUGAGCUGAUCGGAGUUAGAAACUCCUAUCCUGGGCCGCAGUAUAGCUACGUGAAGUAUGACUCGCCCAUCAAAGAAACCCGGUUCAGUUAUCCGGGAUCCAGUGCCAAAAAUAGGGAGACCAAGGAGCAAGCGAUGAGCGUGGAUGGACGGCAACAGUUGGUGCAUAAGAAUGGAUCAUCGCUGUAUGAGAGUUUUAUUCUAUGCAGCCAGGCGUCGAAACCGCCCAAAUAUCCGGGCCGUUACAGUUACUAUCAACCUAGCAGCGGAGCAGGCGGAGGUGAUGACCAUGAGAUCGGUGCAUCCGGUGACAAGGGUGAGAGUCGUCGGGAUGAAUCGUUGCAGGUGGUUCCUAGGAGCUGCUCGGAAAAUGUUCUAAGGAAAAGCGAAACCCAGAAGAGUAAGCUGAGUGCCGUUACACCCCAGUCGCCGGUUCAAAGUCCCUGCUAUUCGCUGCUGCUCGGAUCGACUAGUUCGGACAAUAGCAGUAAUUUGAACACCCCGGUUUAUGAUAUGGAUGUUUCGGCACUAUUGGGUCAGCAACAGCAGCCGCUAGAGAAAACCAAAGAUGACUCGGAACAGAGAGAUAUCAAGGCACUGAAAAGAGAGCUUUCGUUGGAUCUUAGCGAAGCCGGAGUGAAGAUAGUUGCAGGGAAGCUGAUGUCAGCGAAGAAACUGUCUUCCCCGAACACCCCGUUGAAUUUCGCUUCGGAUAAUACAACUACCAAUACGACUACGACCACUAGUCAAUCUAUGACACCGAGCGAAUACUGCUACCAAAACCUCAAUCCGGAGCUUUCCCCGGGGGAACUGGCUUCGUUUGCACAGAAGGUAGCUCCCUCCAAUAACAAACCGGGGACGCCGAUUAAGGCCACCAUCAACAUAACUUACAAUGUGCGAUCACCUGUCAGAAAGGAACAAGAAGACAGCAUAUUCCGGUCGCCUGCUCAUUCCGUUGGUUCACUAACGCCAACUUCGCCGAAAAAAUUGGAACAUGAGAUAGCACCAACCAAAGCUGAUGAUGAUUUGCUGGAAGAGGAAGAGUACCAACGGGAGAGGAGAAGUAUCUAUGAGAAUGUGCUGGUAGCUCCCGUGGAAUCACAGACGGGUAGAGAAUCCGCUGCAGCCAAGCGAUUGCUGGAGACUAACUUUGAUGAAACCAUGGUUUACGAACAAGUCAAGUUCUAUAAGAACGCUGUCUCCGAAGUAAAUCACUUGUUGGACGACGAGGAAGUAGAGGGACAAUCGAAGCAAAUGCCAGAGCUGGAAGCGUCCUCCAAGCUGUUAGAUUUGUCCAUCAACGAGGAUGAAGUGAAAGUACCUGAACUAGUCUCGUUUGAGGAAAAAUCUAAAGUAAAGCUGAAAAUACAAGAGGAUGAAGAUGAAGAGGAGGAAGAGGAAGAAGACGAGGAAGAGAACACAGACGGUAUUAACAAUAAUAAGCUAGAUUCUAGACUUGGUACAGAUUCGUCCCAUUCCGAGGUGAAGGAAAAAGUAGAUUUCAUAUUGACUAGCAAGAGCGAAGAAGAAAGUGACGAUGUUCCGAUGUCGGAUGUGAACGACGAUAGUCUCGAAUUUGAUAACACGGACAUAUCGCUGUACGAAAAUGUGGAAUUGCGGAAAAAGCCCUGCGCGCCAGUAUACGAGAACAUGAUCCCUGGGCCAAUCACGCCAACUUGUUCUACGCUUAAAUCCACUACCGAUGACGAAUUUUCUUCCCUUUGUGCAGAUCGGAGUGAUAUGGAUAAUGAGAUGGAAUACCGCAUUGAAAUUCCUCCUAAAAUAGAACUGAAACAUUCGACCAACAGCGUCAGUGUUAAACAGCUAGCAACCAAGUUCGAAACUAGUCCUGUGGAUGCACAUCCACCAUUCGAUUUCCAGCAGCAAUCCAAACUUAAUAACAACAGGGGAAGCGUUGGUCCGGUGGUAACCAUUCGGAACAAAUCCGCCAAAGACUACCAGAACCUUACCAACAUAACGCGCAGUCUGGACGAGAAUGCUUUUAUCCGUGAGUUUGGUAGCGCCCGGAAAUUGGAAAGUUUCAACAAAAGCAUUCAACAGAUCCCCGAGAUCGACAACAUUCUCAAUGAGAACAAUCCAAACCGGCGAAAAUCGCUGGACUUCACCAGACCAAAGAGCCUAAAUCCACCGAAAAAGCUACCCUCGCUGGUCGGGGAAGGUAUCGAGAAUGUGAAGGAUGGUGGACCAGCCCCUCACGAUUGCUGUCGGCCGCAGCAGCAAAAAUCUUCCCCUCCCGCCGAUCUCAAGCUGGACCUAUCCACCAAGAUCGAAGACACCAAAGAAGCCCGGGCGUACAACGUGCGGAUCACACCAACUACCGAGAACCGAAUUUCUCUGGUUCAGUACAACUAUGAUAAUCGAAUUAACCGACGUGAUUCUCAGCAGCUACAACAACAACAACAACAGCUACAGCAGGAUGAAGACCGCAACAGCAUAACGAGCAUUUCGAGCCUGAAAAUGCUUGGCAGUUGCAAACUGGAUCGCAGUCGAAUAGAAAAAAUCAAAGAAGAACGUCGCCAUCAACUUAGCGAAAAGUAUCGCUCCGAGUCGUUCAAAGGCGAACGCACGACCGACUACAGCAAACUCAAGUCCAAAUCCAAGUCCGAGCUGCGUGAAUUCAAAGACAGUGAGACGAUAGACCCGGGGAAGAAAUACGAUUCCCUACGAUUCCGUUCAAAAUCUCGCGUAGAACUUUCGGACCAGCAGUACAACAGCAUGGAUAGCAACGGGCUGUGCUCGGCGGUUUCGCUUAACACGGUCGCACCGACCGGUGGCCGGACGCGGCGCAUAAGCGACGAAAAGAACCAGAACGAUUGUAUCGCCUCGUCUAGUCCACCGCGGGUGCUAACCAGCACCACCGGUAUUGCAAACAUUCCACAGGAUGCCACCAUAUCGCAGGUGUGUGAUAGCAAGUUUGAAUUCAAGACCAGGCAAAAAUUUGACAAGCGAAGCGGCACCAGCAGUGGCGAUUAUCCGUCGAUGGGCAUUCCCGCCGGGGGCGUCGGACGGGAACGGGACAGUUUCAACGGUGGCACCAAGAGCUUCGUCAGAAGUGGUACCGGAACACAACGGGAUCGCUUUUCGCCACAGAUUUCAAUCAAAGAUGUCGCAGCAAUGUUCGAGUCACGAUCGCAAAAUCAGUCGUAAAAUGUAUAGAAGACAACAACAACAACCAGUGGCGGUGGAAGUUUCGUUGAAGAGCUUUUACAUCUUUUAGAAGAGCAAAUAAUUCAAAAAAAACAGGAUGCAUCUGAUAUUAUUCCUCCUCGUCAGAAAAGAAACCAUAUAGGCAGCUUGCAGAAUUGUAUGCUCUUGUGCUAUAUAUUUUAAUAAAUUGAUAACAGAUGAGCCCAGUCGCAGUCAAACAAAUGCAGUGAAUGAGUCAAAUACAAGCCAUUGAAAUUAAUUCUUACUAUUACUACGCAUAACUAUCUGUAGCUAAUUUACCAGACAAGAGAAGUAAAAUUUACUGUAGAAAAAGUAACUGACUUUCACAAUUUACACAGCAAAUGCGAAUAUUUAUUUUAUAAAAUCCAUUAUUAUGAUAUAUAGUAGAUUCCCAUUUGGAGGUAUAAUCUUUCUAUACCAUAAUAUGCUAGAUGAAAUACUCAAACUAGAUUAGAUAUGGAAAACUGUUUAGCGAAAACAAACGCGUUUGCAAACAUUUGCAUUUAAUGACUGCAAUGAUUAACAGAGGAUUCAAGUUAAAUGAUAAAACGGUAUAAAACAUUAGGGAAACAAUUCCUGUCUUCGUUUCACGAUAAUCAAAGAGCACUCGAUAUUGACCACGAAAGAAUGAUAGAAUAAUAUAAAACUGCAGGCUGUCGAACGAUGAUUUCGUAUGCCGCAACAACGGAAUGCAAAUCGAACAUAGAAAAAGAAUUCAUUUUGUUACAGUUUUAUAUGAACAUAUAGAUUUUGGCUACUUUCAAUGCCAGAUUUGUAGAUAUUCUGAAGGGUUUUUUUUUCUAAAGAUGGGCACUCAAUGAGGAUAAUACUUUGAAAGUCGUCAUACUGUACAUCACACUUUAGCUAAGGUUUAGUUGUAAUGUGUUUGCCUUCUUUCGAUUGAGGAUCAACACGUUUAUUCGUUUCAAAAACGAAUUCUAGUUUUUAUUACUUGUUUACUGCACACAUCAGUUGUUCAUUUGUGUCAAUUGCCAGAAAAAGAGAUAAAUUUUUGUUACCUUCUUAUUCUGCUGCCGACGUACUGUAAAAAGUUACAUAAAACCAUUUUUUCACGCAAUCAGAUUUCAACUGCAACAAUUACAGAUUGCGUUAAUAGGGGAUGGACCGAAAAGCACAGCCCAAGAUUGACAGCCAAGUAAAUAGCGAAAGUGACAAUAAUUUUCCAUAAUGUCAAAAGUCCUUAUCGUAAAUGCAUAAAAUUAACACUAGAAAAAUUUAAUCGAUUGUAUUGCAAAAUUCUCCAGUAAUAGUAAACCAGAGAGUAGAACUACAUAGACCCAAGAAACAAACAGUCUUCAAGAACUUUUUCCAACUUCGCUCCAAUCAAGACUCUAUUUGCCCUCCAUCUAUUGUUCGAACUGAAUGAUUUCAAUACGUUUUUCUUCCAACUUUUGUACAUAUUUACCAGCACUUAUUCCUGAUAUGAUAAAAUGGAACGACGGCCAACAAGUGAACGAAGCACGACACUUUAGUCAUCCUUUUGUAAAUAUGAGCUAAAUUAGACUCACACGGACAUGUUAGUCCGAAGCAGUUUAACAUAUACGGGAAAAAAUAUGACUAACAAACUGAGGCAGAAAUGGUAAUAACUAGUAACCAACCACAUCAGAACUUAUAAAGCUACACUAAACUCGAAACUACUUGUGAACAUUGAUAUUAAUAUUGCCCUAGUAUUGAUUAUGAAAUAUUGUGCAAAUUUUGCUGACCCAUCACACACCGUUUGAGGCAAGAGAAAAACCUAUGAAAAUAAAAACUUUCUUGAAACAGUUAAA